AAAAUACCCUCGGGACCCCUCGAGAGACCCCAAAACAGCCCCGGGACCCCCAGACCCCCCUGGUUGCCAUGGAGACGCUGCGACGCUGCUUCCACGGACGGCCCCCCGGGGGCGGCCCCGUUUCGUAUUCCCGGCACAGAAACCCCCGGGGGGAGGAAGAGGAGGAGGAGGGGGCGGAGCCAAUGGUGCGGCUGCCCCGCCACCGGACACGCCCCCGGCGCAGACCACGCCCCUGGCUCCACCCCCUGGCCACGCUGGCCCUGGGCUCGGCCACGGCGUUCCUAUUGGGGCUGUUGGUGGCUGCCCUUGGCCACACCCCCUGCAGGACCGUGGGGGCGGGGCCGCUGCCGGGAGGCUCCACCCCCGAUCUGGUUUGGGGCGGGGCCAGUGCAGAGGCUCCGCCCCCUCGGCCCCGCCUACGGGAGCUGCUGAGGCGACACCUGAGGGAGGAGAGGGUGGAGCAGUGGGCCAGGGAGGUCAGCUCGGGGCCGCACGGGGCGGGGUCGGGGCGUGGCCGAGCUCUCGCCCAAUCAGUGCUGAGCGCCCUGGCGGGGGCGGGGCUGAGCCGGGCCUGGAGCCGCCCCCAGCCCCUCCCCCUCCCAGUACGGGGGGCGGUGUCGCUGCGCUGGGUGGGGCCGGGGGGGGAGGAGCUCGAGCGACUCCCGCUGGACCCGGAAGCGUUUUGUGCCUGGAGCGCGCCCGGGACGGCCACCGGCGGGCUGGUCUAUGGGCACUACGGGCGCCCCCAGGACCUGGCGGAGCUGCGGGCGCGGGGGGUGGAGCUGCGGGGACACCUGGUGCUGCUGCGGCUGGGGCGGGGCCGCCCCGCCCAACAGGUGUCGGCCAUGUUUGCCGCGGGCGCUCUGGGCGUUCUCUUUUACCGCGACCCCCGGGACACGGCCGGGCCGGGGGGGGGCCCCGCGCUGGGGGGGGGCACCACGCCCACCCUGCACGUGCAGGAUGGGGCAGGGGACCCCUUCAGCCGGGGCUUCCCCUCCUUCAGCGGCCACGCCCCCCCCGGCCCCGCCCCGGGCGUGGCCCCGAUCCCCGCCCACCCCCUGAGCGCCGCCACCGCCAUGAGGCUGAUGAGGUCCCUGGGCCCGCCCCUCGCCCCCCCGCGCUGGGGGGUCCCGGGGGGGUCUCUCCGGUUCCGGCCCCGCCCGGGGGGGCGGCGGCUGCAGCUGCGGGUGGGGGCGGGGACGCGCCCCGGGACCCUCACCAGCGUCUUCGGGGCCCUGCGGGGGCGCCUCGAGCCCGACUGUUACAUCAUCGUGGGGGCCCAACGUGAUUCGCUGGGGCCGGGGGCGGCGGCCUCGGGCGUGGGCACCGCCCUCCUGCUGGAGCUCGCCCGGUUCUUCGCUGCCAUUGGACGAGAGGGGUUCCAGCUCCGCCGGACCCUCCUCUUCGUCAGCUGGGACGGCGCCGAGUUCGGACACUUGGGGGCCACCGAGUGGCUCGAGGGCUACCCCGGCCUCCUGCACACCAAAGUCGCCGCCUACGUCAGCCUGGACCGGCCCGUGCUGGGCGCCGAUCGCUUCGUGGUCCGGACCAGCCCCACCCUGGGGCCGCUGAUCGAGAGCGCCCUGGAGCAGGUGGAGAGCCCCAACGAGGGCGGGAAAUCCCUCCUGGAGCAGCUGCGGCGGCCGGGGCGGGGCUGGGAGAGUGACGUGAUCCGCCCCCUGGCCCCCGAGAGCGGCGCCUUCCCCUUCACGGCGGCCGCGGGGGUCCCGGCGCUGGAGCUCGGCUUCGAUGAGGCCCCGGGCGGUGGUGGCGGCACCCGGGCCGCCCUGGGGACACCCGAGGACACUCUGUCGCGGCUCGGGGCGCGGCUCCGGGGCCGCCUCCCCGCCGUGUCCCGCGCCGUGGCCGCCGUGGCCGCGCAGCUCCUGCUCCGCCUGGGCCACGACCCGCGGCUGCCGCUGGAGCCCGCGGCCAUCGGGGACGCGCUGGUGCGGCAGCUGGCGCCCCUGCAGGCGCGGGGCCUGUCGCUGCAGUGCCUCUCCUCGGCCAGAGGGGGCGUUGUGCGCGCGGCCGCCGCGCUCCGUCGCGACAUGUCGGGAUCGGACGGCGCCAACGAGCGGCUCAACCGCGGCUUCAACGCGCGCCUGAUGGCCGCCGAGGCGUCGCUGCUGUCCCCGUUCGUGUCCCCUCUCGUGUCCCCGUUCCGUCACGUCCUGCUGGGCCGGGGCGGGCACACGCUGGCGGCGCUGGUGGCCGAGCUGGGGACACAGCGGGGGACACCGGGGGACAACGAGGGGACACCCGGUGACAAUGUGGGGACAGCUGGGGACAACCUGGGGACACGAGGGAACAGCACAAGGACACACAGGGACAGUGAGGGGACACUUGGGAACAGCCAGGGGACACCUGGGGACAAUGUGGGGACACCUGAGGACAACAAAGGGACACCUGGAGACCAUGAGGGGACACCCGGUGACCAUGAGGGGACACCCGGUGACCAUGAGGGGACACUUGGGGACAGUGUCCAGCUGCGGCUGGCGCUGCUGGCCUGGACCCUGCGUGGCACGGCCGGGGCGCUGGCGGGGGACAGCGGGGACAUUGGGGACAUCGGGGACAUCGGGGGCGGCCUUGGGGACAGCGGCGACUGCGGGGACAUGGGCGGUGGCUUUGGGGACAUUGGGGGCCAUGGGGACAUCGGGGACAUCAAGAGUGGCCUUGGGGACAUUGGGGGUGGCCGUGGGGACAGCUGGGACAGCGAGGACACGUGGGGUUAUGGGGACAGCUGGGAGCAGGGUGGCCCUGGGGACACCCAGGGGGACCUUGGGGACAGCAAUGGGGAUUUUGGGGACAGGAAUGGGGAUUUUGGGGACCUUGGGGACACUCAGGGCCGGGUUGGCCCUUGGUGA